CCAAAAAUCAAUGAAUUAGAGGAACAAAUUAAUAACCUUAUUAAAAAAAAUACUUUAUUGGAAGAUGAAGCGUCAAGUUAUCAAUCCGCUCUUGGUGCAGCCACAAAUUUUCAAUUAAGUGAUAAUGAUCAAAAUCAUGCUGUGAAAUUAAAUAAUGAUAUUGCAGAUCUAAAUGAUAAUAUAAAAAAUUAUGUAACCAAUUUAAAACAAAAUAUCGUUGUUAAUAUAAAAGAGGUUAAAAAACUCUUAUCACUUUAUAAAUGUCCAGUUGAAAUUAAAGAUCAAAGAACAAGUAGAUUAUUGAUUCAAGCAGUUUUGCAACGGCACGUCAUCGAAAUCAUAUUCGAAAGUGCUACACAAUAUUUUCAAUACUCUGGACGGCCUCAACUUGAACACCUUGAAUCACAAAUUGUUAGUAAAGAAUGUGAACUGUCCGAAUUAUUAAAUUACGCCUCCAAAUAUCGUUCCGGGAAUGAUGAAAUAACACACGUCGCACCAAUAAAAUUGCGACAGCAAAUCUAUUCAAUUCUUAGUAAUCGUGGAUUUGAGGAUACUUGUAGAGAAAACAACACUGCAUAUGAGCACCCUUUCAUUACUAAUUGUAAACGAAAACUAAACGACAUCAUGAACGGACUACGUAUUAUCAACGAUAGACAGAUGAAAUCAGAUUCCGAGAAAUUGGCCGUAACUAUCAUUCGCGAGGUUGUAAAUAUAUUUUACUUUAGAUUGAAAGUUCAAGAACCUGUUGUACAACAUAGUUGGUUUUCGUAUAAUGCUAGACUAGAUAAAACAUUAAUGGAUGGGAAUCAAUAUGACAGUGAUUAUGAAAAUUUAUACGUUGAUUUAUGUUAUUUUCCUCUAAUUGGAAAAGACCUUAUGUCAGAAAAUCGAAAAGUCUAUACACUUGCAAAGGUU